CUCAACUAGCCUAUGCAACAGAAUAGAAACAGGAAGCAAUAUCGACAGUCUGAUUUCUUUUUAUGUGGCUGUCAUAUUUCAUUUGAACCAUUAGACUUCCGUUGUUGCAAGUGCCUGAAGUUAAUACAGAAUCGUCGUGAAAAGCCUAAAGUAUAGCCUAACAUCAGCUGGUGUUUUGUCUCUCUUUCCAUUUUGAUAAAUAAUUUACGUGCUUAAGAUGACUUCCAUCUACAAAGACAAUGACCAACAUUCUUUGGAGCUUGUGGAAGAUCUUGGUCAAGAUAACAGUCAAGAGGAGUUGGACUUUUCUUACCUGUUUUUGUACAACCCAUCUGACGACUUUCGCGUGAUUGAAGCAGACAACUCAGGGGUUCCCCCUCGCGGAGAUCACAACCCCUCAUCUGUGGUGAACUACCCUUGUGACGGAAGCUCCAGUAACGCCCCUACAACCUCCAGCCAGUCCUCUUACCACCAUGGGCCUGUCCCAGACAGCCUGUCUGGGCCUGGGUUUAACUCACUGGAUCUCCCCUCCGGGCCAAGGGGUGCUCCCUCUCCCAGCCCCAGGAUUGAGAUCACCCCAUCAGGGGACCCUCACCAGACUCAUCCCCUGGACGCCAGCCCCAGAACCACGGCCCUGACUGUGCCUGGUUAUGAGAACACGGCCUACCGAGAGCCCCAGAGCCCUGCCAGCAGCAACUCCUCCACGGGUUGGCUGUCUGAGGCCUACUCGCCCUGGGUCUCGCCUUGUGUAUCUCCCAGUGGUGGUGGGGGCAUGGUUGGCUUGACCGCCUUGGACCUCCUCCCGGGCCUCCAAGGCAUCCAUACGUCCUCGGCCCACUCCUCCCCUGGGACCUCCCCGCGAACCAGCAUCACAGAGGAGACUUUCCUGGUACCGCAGAGUCAGCGGUCUUCCUCGCCACAUUCCCACGAUUACCCCCGCUCUCGCUCCGCCUCUCCUCAGGGAAAACGCACCUACGACCAGUACAGCGGCCCCAAUCUGGGGACCACCAGCCAGCAGCAACGCUCCCGGAGCCCAAGCCCCAGCCCCUCGCCUCACCACCCCCAAGGACGACCCUUGGCCCAAGCUGACCCACAGGGCAAUGCCCCUCAGCAGAUGCCCAGUGUUGAAGAGGUGUUGAGCAGCUUCAACUCCAGCCUCAGCUCCAGCCUCAGCUCCAGCCUCAGCUCCAGCCUCAACUCCAGCCUCAGCUCCAGCAUGUCCAGGGCGGUCCCCUCCAAGAUGGUGCGGCCCAGUGUUGAGUGCUAUACGUAUGGAGAGAACCAGGGGGAGCAUGGGCAGAGAGGCAGAGCUGGGGCUGAGACCUUCUACAUCCUCCCUACAUCUUUCUGGCCGGCUUCACUAGCCCAUGGAGCCUUCAGUGGCAUCCCUGUGCCAUCUAUGCCCCCUCUAGAGUGGCACUUGCCCAGUCACUCCGACCAGUAUGAGCUCUGUUUGGAGCAGCAGCCUAAACAGCACCACCGGGCCCACUACGAGACAGAGGGCAGCAGGGGAGCAGUCAAAGCGGACAGUGGAGGUCACACUGUGGUUCAGCUUCAUGGGUACAGAGGCACUGCUCCACUGGGUCUGCUGGUGUUCAUCGGAACGGCUGACGAGAGGGUCCUCAAACCCCAUGCCUUCUACCAGGUGCACCGCAUCACUGGGAAAACGGUCACCACACCAAGCCAAGAGAGAAAGGUCCAUGGCACCAAGGUCCUGGAGAUCCCUCUGGAGCCCAAGAACAACAUGAGAGCAGUGAUUGACUGUGCUGGGAUACUAAAGCUGAGAAAUGCUGACAUCGAGCUCAGGACAGGCGAGACAGACAUGGGACGCAAAAACACCUGUGUCCGCCUUGUCUUUCGUGUCCAUAUUCCUCAACCAGGAGGACAGUAUGUCUCUCUUCAAGUGGCCUCCCUUCCCAUCGAGUGUUCCCAGAGGUCGGCCCACGAGCUUCCCACUGUAGAGCGCCAGGACGUGGAGCGCUGCUCGGUUCUAGGGGGACAGCAGGUGAUACUGACAGGACAGAACUUCACCUCUGAUUCCAAGGUGGUGUUCACAGAAAAGACACCUGACGGGGUGCAAAUCUGGGAAGCAGAAGCUACAGUAGACCGAGACAAGAGCCAGAAAAGCAUGCUGUUUGUGGAGAUCCCUCCGUAUCGAGAUCCCACCAUUCAUCACGCGGCUAAAGUCAACUUCUAUGUGAUCAACGGGAGGAGAAAACGCAGUCAGGCGCAGCACUUCACCUACACUCCUUUAACCGUUCCCGCCAUUAAAACGGAACCCGUAGAUGACUUCCAGUUUGGCCAGCUGGGCUGCGCUGUCUCCCAAAUCCUAGGAAUGUCAUCCAAGUCCUACCACCACACCCCCAGUAGCCAGCUCAACCCUAAUAGCCACAUAGUGGCUGGCAUGACAUCCUUGGCAACCUGCCAGCGUGCAAGCCAUCACGAUCCCAAUGCCUAUCAACCACAGGACCCACCUGUCUAUUACCCCAGUAAAAGCCGAAGCCUGGGUAGCACCCCUGUCCUGUAUCAAGAUAUGAACCACCACCCAGUGAUGAUCCACAGUGGUUCCCCAUCUCAGAUGUCCUAUACCCAGCACUACUCCAGCCAAGUGUCCCAACCCUUCCACCCCUCUCGCUCGGCCACCAAUCAGCGAGUUGUCAACGUAGCUGUCCCAUUGCCCCAACACCAGCACGCCACCAUGGUGGGUGAUGGGUACCGGGCUGCAGCUUCAUUAUGGAAGGUUGGUGACUCGCCAGAGGCCUGUUCCUCAGAAGGCCAGUACCAGGGCUUCAUGCACACGGUGGUGCCUGUCUUGAGCAGGUCUCCGCCACGACACAGCCACAUCCUGACCCAGAGAGGUCCAGCCGCUACAGGGAGCCAGAGUGGGCCAGUCCCUGGGAAAGUGACAGCGAAGCAAGAAAACCUGAACCAAGCCUAUCUGGAUGAUGUGAAUGACAUCAUAAGGAAUGAUCUGACUGUCCGCAGUAACGAGCAGUAAAGAGCAUCUAUAUUGUGACCAACAAUCACACGGGCUCCAGAAAUGCCAUGACGUCAUUCUACUGUCUGAUUGCCCCCCUUCACAUGUACUGUAUAUAGGGUGUUAUUUAAGUCAAAAUCACAUCUUUUGACAAAUGGGUAGAAUAAUAUGUUAAUUGUGUAGAUAAUCCUCUAAGAAAACAAAUGGUCCAAACUUCAUGUCUUUAUCAUAAUUUGUUCACAAGUUAUUGAAGUUUUUACCCUUGAAGGAUGGUCAGAAUUACUGUGACUAAAUCAAUGGACGCCAGAGAAAAAAAUCUCAAAAGUUAUAAAAUUAGGAAAAUUGCAUUUGGAUCAGCUAGGCUGGACUCUGGGCUACCGGCUACCUGACAGGCUCACUUUCCCAUUGGGACAAAAAACAAUUUAGAGGUAAGAUGGAUAUCGAUUUUGAGAAGACAUAUUGUAUUUUCAUAUUUUAGUAUAUGCUUUUCAGAUUCAUUUGAAUUUACUGUUAUUUUUUGAAGAUUUCACUGAGCGUGUACCAGGAGCCGUGAGUGGGUAAAAUCACUGAGCAAGCCAAGAAGGUAAAAAAGUCAUAUUACAACCUACGUUUUGAUAAUUGCGUUGUUUGCUCUAUAACCCAUUUGUUCAUACGCCACCGUGAUAUACAAUAAGGCCCGUGACAACAAAAAGACAACAGUCACACAGUGGUGGAAUAAAUUCAGCUACACAUAAGUUUGUUUCACAAAACCGGAGACAACAUCUGUCUAGUGAAGUCCACAAAGAAAAUAUUGCAUGCAACAAACAGUUAUAUCACCUGCAGCAUAGUCAAGCAAGUUAAUGUUUUCUACUGAUUUAGAACCACAGAGUUACCACAAGUCAGCACAAAGACAAAAAGAGCACUGCCUCUGCUAUUUCAGCACCAUUUCAACUUAAACAUUUAAACAUCAUCAAAUCAACAAAGCUAUAUACAGUAUGCUUAGUUUAAUACACUGAAAACAAACUUAAAGAUACCAAAAAUUAUUUAGUCCAAUCAAUGUUGCUAAAUAUCAUGUCCAUGGUAUUGAUUUCUGUCAGUCUGUGUGUAUGUAUGCGUGUGUGCGCAUGCAAGUAAAACAACAAUGUGGACUCCCCCUACCUGUAGACUAGUUGAACGCCAAUGCCAUCCUCCUCGCUUUCGUGUUGGCACAACGGUCUAGGGCUCUGCCAUACAGUACACUUUUAGUUUUGUUGUCAUAGGCUACCUAGCUAAAAUGCUUGCUAGCCUAACUUCCUCGCAUGGGCAACAAUGAAACAGCGAAGUUAGCUAGCUAGUUAAUGUGAGCCUACUAGACUACAUCUAGGCUACAUAUUGAACUUCAAUCAUCUCAGGCCAGUGGUACAACAUAUUUAUUUAUGGUUAGAUCAGAAUCGCUGUCAUUGGCCUAUACAGAGAAUUAAGUCAAAACCACAAGUCUAAAUCCACAUCUCCAUCCAUGGCUUAGGAAAGGGCCAAUUUAGCAAGCUAGUUACUGCAGUACAUCAACACAAGCAAUCCAGAAGAUCUGAUUUGAUUGGUGUGAAGCCAAAUCUAAACUGGCCUCCCUUGGGGGGGUGUUUUGCUACACCAGGACAACCCAAAGUUGAGCUUAGCUCAACGAUGAUUGGCUAAUUAUUUUAUUUUUUAAUCAAGGGAGGCCAAAUGCUUGCUGGUAUCAAUUAAUCAAUUGCUACAGCGUCAACAUGUCAUACUCUUUUCUUCCAGACAGCAUCAGAUACAUGGGUGAUAUAUACUGAGACAGAGGGGCGCUGUUUCCCUCACUCAGAUGAGAUUUCUCCGGUGAGAUUCAGCCACUUGCGAAUUGAAGGAAAAUGAUGAAAACACAGAGAGAAGAAAGAUGUAUUGGUCAAAUAUUUGGGGAAGCCUGGCUUCCCCUUGGCAUUCAUGAAUACACGCCACUGAGCGUAUACCAAACAUUUUAUUUUUCAAAGCCUUUUAACAUUUAAUUCAGUUUGUGUCAUGCUAAUUUAGAUUUUUGUGACCCGCGGAAACAACUUUAAAGAUGACGACCACAAAAUGUAAAAUCCUCAAAAGUUGUUAAAAGAAACCUGCACGGCUAUGCCAACAUAGCUCGGUGCUCAUUAUCGAAUGUAUUAUGUAGAAAUCCAACUUUUUUGAUAUAAUGCUAAGGGUAUGUUACAUUUCAUCACCAAAGAGCCAAAGUGCGUUUUCACCAACAUCAUACUGUAUUUACUGUAUUAUGGAUGCAGAUGAUACUUAGUUAGGGCCAUGCAGUGCCAGAUUUCAAUAAGUGUGUUGACCAUGGGCUACCUUUUAAACAGUUUUAUUAUUUUAUCAUAUGUAAUCAUGUAUGUGGCCUCAAUGUAAGCUUUUGUAAUUGUAAAUAAAAACAACUUCAGGAAAAUGUCUGUAAUUACUAAGAAAAUUAUGAAAAAAACUGAUUGAUGAUUGAGAAAUAUUUUUUUUUCUGUCAUGAUGUUGGCAAUUUCAUAAUAUUUUUUUAUUUGAUUAUUUUAUUUAGUCUGCCUGUCAUUAAAAUAUAUAUUUAAAAUCUUA